AUGUCUCAAAAGAAAAAAUCUUCAAACCCAGCUAUUAAUCUAAUUGCAGGUGGUACUGCAGGUUUAUUUGAAGCAUUAUGUUGCCAUCCAUUAGAUACUAUUAAAGUUAGAAUGCAAAUUUAUAAAAAGGCAAUAUCACAAGGAAAUUCAAUUAAACCACCUGGUUUUAUUAAGACAGGUAAAUCAAUAUAUUCACAAGAAGGGUUUUUAGCACUGUAUAAAGGUUUAGGUGCUGUUGUCAUUGGUAUCAUACCAAAAAUGGCAAUUAGAUUUUCAUCAUAUGAAUUUUAUAGAACUCUUUUAGCUGAUAAAAAUACUGGUGUUGUUUCAACUGGUAAUACAUUUUUAGCAGGUGUUGGUGCUGGUAUUACUGAAGCUGUUAUUGUCGUUAAUCCGAUGGAAGUUGUAAAAAUUAGAUUACAAGCUCAACAUUUAGCUGAUCCAGUAAAAGCUGUAAUUAAUUCGUCACCUGCAACUAUUCAAACUUUACAAACUGCAGUUGCACCAGCUAUGAAUGGUUCUGCUGCCGCAACUGCAACUGCUACUGCUACUGCUACUGCUACUGCAACCAAGACAGCUGUCUCACAAGUAAAAUAUAAAAAUGCUAUUCAUGCAGGUUAUACAAUUAUUAAAGAAGAAGGAUUUGGUACUUUAUAUAGAGGUGUUUCAUUAACAGCAGCAAGACAAGCAACAAAUCAAGGUGCAAAUUUUACAGUAUAUUCUAAAUUAAAAGAAUAUUUACAAAAAUAUCAUCAAACUGAUGUUUUACCAUCUUGGGAAACUUCAUGUAUUGGUUUAAUUUCUGGUGCAAUUGGACCAUUUUCAAAUGCUCCAUUAGAUACAAUUAAAACAAGAUUACAAAAGGAUAAAAGUCAUUCUACUGAUAAAUCAACUUCAGGUUGGGCAAAAAUUAUGAAAGUUGGAACUCAAUUAUUAAAAGAAGAAGGUGUUAGUGCUUUAUAUAAAGGUAUCACUCCAAGAGUAAUGAGAGUCGCACCAGGUCAAGCUGUUACAUUCACUGUAUAUGAAUGGGUAAGAGGUCAUUUAGAAAAUAUGGGAAUCUUUAAUUCUUCUUCCGCACCAAAACCAAAAGCUCUCAAAUAG